ACAGCUGUUUUGUUUACCAUAACGCUGUCCUUGCCUGAGGUACCCGAGGACAGCCUGACACAAGCGGAGCACAGCCUUUUGGCCCUCCGGGUGAAUUAUGUCUGUGAAACACGCUAUUAGCCGGGGGCUCGAGUUGGGCCGGUCGGUCUUUCAGCUGGGUCUCCUCAAAUCGGGUGGCCGGUUCGCAGCAAAGCUCCGAGCUGACCGUGUAGGGCCGUCGGCCCGCACCGUUCAGCCUCAGGCUUUCCUGCCGUCUCGGUACCGCUAUUUCCGCACCUCUCUGAAGGGCCUGGCCGCCCAGCUUCAGUCCGCCGGUUUCAGGAGAAGGUUUGGCGGCGGGUCCCCGCGGAACAGGGCCGUGUUUUUGGCUUUCGGUCUCGGCGUGGGGCUCAUCGAACAACAGCUUGAAGAUGACAGCAGGAGUGCGGCGACAUGUGAUGAGAUCCAGGCGGUGUUCAGGAAGAAAAGAUUCCAGAGGCCAUUCAAGCCAUGCACCUCUGGGUAUAAACUGGAGGAUUACAUUAUCGGUAGUCAGAUUGGGAAAGGCUCCAAUGCUGCUGUGUACGAGGCUGCGGCUCAGUUUGCCCCUCAGGAGAGUAACAGCAAGUGCUCCCUGGUUCAGCUGGGAGAAGAUGAAGAGGAGACGGCUCGAUCUCCGACAUGCUGCUCGCUUAGAAACUUCCCUAUGGCUAUCAAGAUGAUGUGGAACUUUGGGGCAGGGUCGUCAAGUGAGGCGAUAUUAAAGUCCAUGUCACAGGAGCUGGUGCCUGCAGGCCCCCUGGCCCUAAAGCUGGAGAAAGAAGAAAUCACUCUGGAUGGACAUUUUGGAGUCCUGCCCAAGAGAGUGUUGGCACACCCGAAUGUGAUCAGAGUGCACCGGGCUUUCACAGCGGACGUCCCAUUGCUACCAGGUGCUGAAGAAGAGUAUCCAGCCGUGCUGCCAGCCCGGCUUAACCCUGCUGGUUUGGGCAACAAUCGCACUCUUUUCCUCGUCAUGAAGAACUACCCGUCCACACUGCGUCAGUACCUGGAAGUGUCCACACCAGGCCGCAGGCAGGGCUCUCUGAUGGUGCUGCAGCUCCUCGAGGGGGUUGACCACCUGUGCAGACAGGGUGUUGCUCACAGGGAUCUCAAAUCAGACAAUGUGCUGUUGGAGUUUGACUCGGACGGAUGCCCUCGUUUAGUGAUUACUGACUUUGGCUGCUGCCUGUCACAGAGUGACUCUAAUCUACAGCUGCCAUUCAACAGCAUAUGGGUCAACAGAGGCGGGAAUGCCUCCCUCAUGGCCCCCGAGGUGGCCACUGCAGUUCCAGGGUGUGGUGUGGUGAUUGACUACAGCAAGGCGGAUGCCUGGGCAGUGGGGGCCAUCUCCUAUGAGAUAUUCGGCCAGCCUAACCCAUUCUAUCGAGCUGUGGGACUGGAGAGCAGGAACUACCAGGAGAAGCAGCUUCCUCCUCUGCCCUCUGGCGUUUCAGCUGAUGUGCAGUUAGUGAUCCGAUUCCUCCUCAGCAGGAGCCCAAGCAAGCGCCCCAGUGCCCGUGUGGCAGCUAACAUGCUACAUCUUAGCCUCUGGGGACGGAAGGCCUUGGCCAACCACGACAGCGUUGGCAUGAGGAAGCUGGCCGAUUGGCUGCUGUGUCAGUCUGCUGUGGUCCUCCUGAAGGGCUGCGGUGGACCCAGUGGCAACAUGGUGGAGGCGGAGCUUCAGAGGAGCUUCCUGUCUAACCUGGACCUGGAGGACCUGCGCACCGCUGUGGGCUUCCUCCUGUAUGGACGAGAGCAGCAGCAGACCUGCAUUCUGUCUGCAUAAAUCCACUCCCACUCAUUCAGACACACAGCUUAGGAGUGAAUGAGAGUGAAUAUUUUCUUUUACAAGCUCUAAUGCACUUUAGAUAUUUGCUGGGAAAUACCCUAAGCUACGGUUAUUGUUCCCUGUGUGUUUGAUUAAAAUUUGUCUGUGUUGAGGUUUCUGGCUGAUGAAGGUGAAGGUAAAAGCAGAUCAUUUAAAUUAGAGUAAAAAGUGCAUAAUUUAGGCCCUACUGUGUAGGGCAACAUUAAGUUUGACAUAUUCACAGGUAACAUGCAGCCCUUACACAACUAGUUUGUCCAUCAAACUGUCAGCUAAAAACUAGUUGGGUGUCUGUGGCCCUAACAAUCUAUUAAUUUCCUAUUUAAAAUGCAUGAAAGAACACCCCAACAUGUUACUACAUAGUUAUUUUAAUAAUAAUGGUAGGUGGCAUGGAUAAUGCAGAUUAUUGGCCGACUUUAAGGAUGUGAUUUUGUUUCAUUUAUGUUCCAGUGGUUUGCACUUUCUCAGAGCAAUUAUUAUGGUUUACUGGUGUUUGUUUGUUGUAUUCUAGUAAAUUAUAUAUAAAAAGAAUGAUGAUUUGAAUAAUGUUUUAACCCUUCACACUUCACUAUGAUCUGUUAGAUCUCAAAACAAGUCACAGCAAGCCUACACAUUUGGCACCAUGACAGGCAUACAAUAUACAGGGUGUGUAAGUUUUCUUACUGAAGAUGGUGAAAAAUAUUUUAGAUACACGUAGAUGUUUUUCUGCAGUUUCAGAAUAAAAGUACCUGUCUGAAAAGA